CGUUGAUGCCCUUGGAUGGGAUUGUUGUCUGUUGCAUGGAUUUUUGUUACGUAUUAUUAUUAAUUCUUCGCAUACCUUUUCGUGCGAGGCAUUUAGUUCUUUGAACACCAAACCUGCCUGGAAAAUCUUUUCCUCUUGAGGUGCCACAAACGUAAGAGGUCUAAGUGUCAGACAAGAUGAUCUCGUUGUCAGCAUUGACGUUCAUGAGGCUUGUGCUGUACUAUUCUGAUGUUCACAUCCGUUUAACUGGUUCCAAUGUGACAUACGCUGGGCGUGUUGAGGUCUUUUCUUAUGGAGUCUGGGGACGUAUCGAUGGAUCUUCGUCUUGGGAUAGAACAGAAGCUAAAGUGGUUUGCAGGCAGCUCGGCUUCCCAGGUGUUGUCACGGCCUUGAAUUAUUCACCGUUUGGAGAAGGGUCCGGACCAGUCUUGAUGUCUUACGUACGCUGCAAAGGAAAUGAGAAGACUUUACAACAAUGUCAACAUCGAGACUGGCUUGAAAGUUAUGUUUAUGAAAACAGAGAAGCGGGGGUGAUAUGCAAGACCCACGAGCUUGAUACUGAUGUCGGCGAUAUUUCAAUUCGCCUUCAAGGAUCCUCUAUUCCUAAUGCUGGUCGAGUAGAAGUGUUGUACGCAGGAAUCUGGGGAACAAUCAGCGGAACAAACUGGGAUAUAAACGACGCCACUGUGGUGUGUCGCCAGCUUGGUUACCAAGCUGGUGCAGAAGUAGCUUUGGCAAACGGUGUGUAUGGGCCGGUCAGCGGUCCUGUGUGGAUUACUAAUCUUCAGUGCUCUGGAAGUGAAGCUAACAUAAUGAGCUGUUCUCAUGAUGGGAUUGGUAAAAAGUCCGAAUCACAAAAUCCACGGAACGUUGCAAGUGUCAUAUGCAAGAAUUUGUCCCACACGAAUGGAAUGCUGGUUAGGCUACGUGGAUCUCCUUCGCCAAAUAUGGGAAGAGUUGAGGUUUAUUAUGCAGGAAAGUGGGGUUCAAUUUACUUCUCCGGCUGGGAUAUCAAAGACGCUACAGUUGUCUGCCGACAACUGGGAUUCACAAAAGCAUUAUUGGCAGGAGAAAAACUAUUUUGCUCGAUUACUUUGCCAAUCUUCUUUCAAAACUUCGGGUGUUAUGGAAAUGAAUCAGCGAUAGACCAAUGUGCUUGGGAAUUUGUUCGCUAUACCUGGUCAAGUUCUUAUUGUGCAAAUGUUAUCUGCAGCAAUGGUGGUGCUGAUUUAGGAUUUGAUGUACGUCUUACAAAUUCUGCUGUUAGGCACGCUGGUAGGAUAGAUCUUCGAAUUCACGGGAUUUGGGGGACUCUUUAUUCUCAUUACUAUUACAUACAAUGGGCCAGUUUGGAUAGAGUAAUAUGCAGACAGUUAAACUUCUCUGACAGUAUCCUUGCAGUUGGCUGGGCUGUGUUUGGACCGGGAACUGGCCCUCAGUGGUAUAGAGCCAGGGAUAUACAUUGCCUUGGAGACGAGAGU